AUGCCACAUAAAUUUGAUGAUAGCAAUGAUGACCUGUAUAGAAUACGCGAACAUGAUUCGUUCAAUUCUAUAACAGUUCCACAUCAAUCACUUAUGGCAACUUCUAGUAGCUCGAAUAUAUCAACAAAAGUAGAAGAAUUAAUUCCUCCAAUUGAUAUAAAAGAUAUUAUUCUUAAUCUAAAAGUAAAAUAUAAUUAUCCUGAAAUUUAUAAGUUCAUUGAAGAACUCAAAAGUCCAAAUAAUGAAAUGAAAGUUAAUAAUCGAAUUCUAUCUGUUUCACAGCUUUAUACACUUCAUAUACUAAAUGAUCUAAUCGAUAUGAGUAAUCAAACUAUACGUAAAAUUUAUCGCCCAACAUUAUUUAUUCGUAAAAAUGAUGCAUUCGGUCCAUUUAAUCAUUAUUAUUUACUGAAAUUAUUCGAUAUUGAGUAUGAAUGUCCAAAUAAAGACAAUUUUCCAAAAGUAUGGAAAGUAACAGUUGAUACAAAUGUUAUUGUUAAUGUACUUCAACUGAGUACUGCUACAAAUUUUCCAACAGAAGCAAAUUCGAAUGCGAUUGAAAAUGAUACGGCAACAUUGAUUGGAACAUUACGUGCUAUAUGUCAAGAGAAUAAAUAUGAUGAAGAAGAUGCAAAAACAUAG